UCAGUAGUAAAAAUGUCUCCAGUUCAGCCCCAGAGAGAGACGAUCGACGAGCAGUUAACUCCUGCUGAAGAAACAUUCACUGAGUUUAAAGGAAUCAUCGUCAAGACCGAGGAAGAGCUCGAUGGUCAGCGCAGACUGCUGGAUUUCAGCCGGAUUCCCCUGAUAAUUUUACACAGAAUAGAUUUCUCUCAAUAUUAUGUAUGUAAAGAGGAGGGGGUUCCUACUGAGCUCAGCAACCAGGAGGGGAACUCCACUUUAAAUCAAGACGGAUCAGAACCUCUGCAGAUCAAACAGGAGCAAGAGGAACUGGAACAUCAACAGUUCAAAGUGGAAGAUGAGGAACUCUGCAUCAGUCAGGAUAAAGAGCAGCUUGUGCCAAAACAGGAGACUGAUAACAUUUUGAUGACUCCUUCUAAUGUGCAAAUAACCCACAAUGAAACAGAACCAAACUGGAACCAACUCAUCUUUCAGGCCUCUCCUGAAGUUGACAACCAUGAUCAAGACCCUGGAGAAAAGAGAGAUGAAGAGCAGAAACAAAAUGAUAGAUGCCAGAAACCCAAACAGCAGAAAGGAGCUGCCGACAGUAUGACACAAAAUAUGCACAGGAAAACUCACCCAGACCAAAGUAUAUAUUCCUGUACAAUUUGUGACAAAAUCUUUUUUACAAACUGUCACUUGACUAGACACAUGAGAUCUCACACAGGUGAAAAGCGUUUCACAUGUACGAAGUGUGGAAAAGGUUACACUGAAAGAAGUAGUUUAACUUAUCAUAUGAGAACCCACACAGACGAGAAGCCUUUCUCAUGUGUGACAUGUAAAAAAUGUUUCAGAAACAGAUCUUGUUUAAAAAGUCACAUGAGAACUCACACAGGUGAGAAGCCUUUCUCAUGUGUGACGUGUAAAAAAUGUUUCAGAAACAGUUCUCAUUUGGCACGUCACAUGAGAACUCACUCAAGUGAAAGGCCGUUUAGGUGUGUUAUUUGUGAAAAACGUUUCAGAGAUAAAAUCGUUUUAACUAUUCACAUGAGAAUUCACACGGGUGAGCUGCCUUUCUCAUGUACAAUCUGUGAAAAAAGGUUCACCAGUCGAAGCAAUUUAAGUAGUCACACAAGAAGUCACACAGGUAAGAAGCCUUUCUCAUGUAUUACUUGUGAAAAAAGGUUCACCAGUAGAGGCAGUUUAACUUGUCACAUGAGAACUCACACAGGUGAGACGCCUUUCUCAUGUACAACCUGUGAAAAAAGGUUUACUCGUCGAAGCAGUUUAACUAGUCAUGAAAGAAGUCACACAGGCGAGAUGCCUUUCUCAUGUACAACCUGCGAAAAACGGUUUACCAGUAAAGGUAAUUUAACUAGUCACAUGAGAAGUCACACAUGUGAAAAGCCUUUCUCAUGUGUAACUUGUGAAAAACGUUUUUGUCAGAAAAACCUUUUAACUAUUCAUAUGAGAACUCACACAGGUGAGCAGCCUUUCCCAUGUACAAUCUGUGGAAAAAGAUUCACCAGAAGAGUCAAUUUAACUUGUCACAUGAGAAUUCACUCAGGUGAGAAGCCUUUCCCAUGUACAAUCUGUGAAAAAAAGUUUAAUAGUCGAAGCGGUUUAACUAGUCACAUGAGAAGUCACACAGCUGGGAAGCCUUUCUCUUGUAUAACUUGUGGAAAAGGUUUCAGUAAGAAAAACCUUUUAACUAUUCACACCAGAAGUCACACAGGCGAGCAGCCUUUCCCAUGUACGACCUGUGAAAAAAGGUUCACCAGUAGAGGCAAUUUAACAUGUCACAUGAGAAUUCACACAGGUGAGCAGCCUUUCCCAUGUACGACCUGUGGAAAACGGUUCACCAGUAGAGCCAGUUUAACUUGUCACAUGAGAAUUCACACAGGUGAGAAGCCUUUCUCAUGUACAACCUGUAAAAAAAGGUUCAUCAGUAGAGGCACUUUGACCCGUCACAUGAGAACUCACACAGAUGUGAAGCCUUUCUUAUGUGUGACCUGUAAAAAAUGUUUUAGAAACAGAUCUGAUUUAACAUGUCACAUGAGAACUCACACGGGUGAAAAACGUUUCACAUGUGCGAAGUGUGGAAAGGGUUACAUUGAGAGAAGUAGUUUAACUUAUCACAUGAGAAUCCACACAGGCGAGAAGCCUUUCUCAUGUGUGACCUGUAAAAAACCCUUCAGAAACAGUUCUCAUUUGGCACGACACAUGAGAACUCACACAGGUGAGCAGCCUUUCUCAUGUACAGUGUGUGAAAAAAGGUUAAAUAGUCAAAGCGAUUUAACUAGGCACAUGAGAAUCCACACAGGGGAACAGCCUUUUCCAUGUCCAACCUGUGAAAAAAGGUUCACCAGUAGAGGCAAUUUAAAUUGUCACAUGAGAAUUCACACAGGUGAGAAGCGUUUCUCAUGUACAACCUGUGAAAAAAGGUUCACCAGUCGAUGCAGUUUAACUAGUCACUUGAGAAGUCACACAGGUGAAAAGCCUUUCUCGUGUAUUACUUGUGAAAAACAUUUCCGUAACAAAAACCUUGUAACUAUUCACAUGAGAACUCACACAGGUGAGCAGCCUUUCCCAUGUACGACCUGUGGGAAAAGGUUCUCCAGUAGAGGCAAUUUAACUAUUCACAUGAGAAUUCACACAGGUGAGAAGCCUUUCUCAUGUACAACCUGUAAAAAAUGGUUCAAAAGUAAAGGCAAUUUGAGUCGUCACAUGAGAACUCACACAGAUGAGAAGCCUUUCUCAUGUACGACUUGUGAAAAAGGCUCACCAGUAGAGGCAAUUUAGUUUUUCACAUGAGAAGUCACACAGGUCCAGUGGCAUAAUGUGAACCUCUCAAGUCAUCAAGGUGCUCUGUAACUUACUGUUUAGAAGACAGAGUAAUUACAGCUGGAUCACAUUUUUAAAAUCAAGCAGCUUGGUUAAAAAUGCAUUUCAAAUAAGAUUUCUUACUGAAAUACUAAAACAUUUACCUUCAUUCUGACAGUUUAAACUCCAAAUUUGAAAGGGAUUAUUUUUAGGUGAGAUAUUUACUUAUAAGUGCCUUAAUUAAAAAGUUGUUAGUGGAUGUUUUUUUUCAAGUAAGAUAUUUAUUCAUAGUUACUCCUUUUCCACCACCUCAGUUUGGAGCCUGUUCUGGUUCCUGAAUGUCAUUUUGAGCAGGUGAUGCGAGUUUCCACAAACAAAAGGGCUACCAGAGCACGACCAUUACGGUUCUUCUGUGCAAUCCGUAAUGUCACCUAUAGGCGGGUCAAAACUGCGGACAAUAGAAGCAACAAAUGCGGCGAUGACAACAAAGGACGUCCUGUAUGAAUAUUCUUUAUAUGUUUGCAAAAACCUGCUAAACACACAUUGUAUAACUACUAGUUUCCAUUACACUCACAGAUGCUGAACAUAUGCAAAUGAAAACAUUGUACAUACCAUUUUUGCACCGAGUCGGCGUCUCCUCUUUCGUAUUAAGAGUAAGUUAUGGAUGCUCUCGUUUUGCAUUAAAAGGAAUAUUGUGUGCAGCUUGGCAAGCUCCAUUAUCUCGCUACCCCGCUUCCCUCACAUGUAACGCUCACUGUUAAUGACUUGUUCUUUGGUCCCAAAACUGGUGGAAAGGCGCGUUUGUGCUUAACAAAACACCAAAGGUUGAAAGCACGCGAACCGAACUGGUUCAAGAGUUCCUUUGGUGGAAAAACACUAAGUGGGUCUUAAUGAAACAAUGGGUUAACAUGCUUUCAGAUUUAGACUGCAGCGAUUUUUAGAGCUUUCAGAGUCUUUCUGUAUGUGUCUAUCUUUUCUUAUACCUUAUACUGUGUUUUUGUUCAAUUAAUAAUUUUGGUUAGUGGUUACAUGUUAGAGGUGAAUGUAUGGGCUGGUAAGCUACAAAUGAAUUGUCCAUUGGCAUUAAUAAAGUUUUUAUCUAAAUAUCA